AUGUGUAGAUCUAACUGCUGUACCGUACUGUACGUGUACGUGUACAGCAGCUGUACACGUGUACACGUGUACACGUACACGUACUUCCGGCACAUAGUGUAUACUGUACUUUCGUACCUUCGUAUGAUACAAGAAUACGAAAAUAGAUUACUUCCUCCAGUACACGUACGUGUACACGUACACGUAGCCCUACUCGUACGAAAAUACUUCCGUACUUUUCUGUCUCGCAGCUCGUCCAGUACAACGUCGUACACGAUGAACUGCACUGGUGAGCGUGCUGGCGACCGAACCGAAGAAUACGACGUGAGUGACGAGCUCAGCGCGCUACUUGGCGCUUUUUCAUCCUAUUAUCGUGUUUACUCGAACGUGGACGCGUCCGUUCUCGAAGGCGUGACCGCGUCGUUUGCCGUCGCGGUUGGCGGUGCCGAAGAACUUCCACAAAGACCUCUCGACGCGCGCACAUUCAGGCGUCAGACGACGCUACGCGUGAACCUAUCGCGUUGGGACGCGGACGAGCUUGGCCGCGACGUCGUGAUCAGAACCUGGGAUUUGACCGACGCGGCAGCGGCUAAACUCAAUCAUCCUCUAGCAGCUGCUGCCGUGGCAGAGGAAUUCUCGGGGCGACGCUCCGUGGUCGUCUCCAACCGAGGCGGAUACCAUUCCAACCCGGACGCGCUGGAACGGCUCGGUCAGGAUGGGUGCGAGUCCGCGGGUCACCUACUGGAGCUCGUGAAGGGAGUGCUUCGCGAGAACUUUUGCGGGGCGAACGACUGGCUGGUGUCGUCAGGUCCAUUCAAUACGCAGAGGACGAAGGUGACAAGCUCUUGGUUUAAUGUCGCGCGGGCAGGGCAUUCUCACGGCUUGCACAACCAUGCCGGUGCGGUGUGGUCAGGGGUUUACUAUGCAUCAGUUCCUGAUUGCGACGGAUCUGCCACUCACGAAGGUACGCUUGCCGGUCACUUGAUUGUCAGGCUUUGCUCUGGUGGACUUGACAUUACGGCGCCUGAGGAUUCCCGCAGUGGCUGGUGUGUAUGGCACGCUAUUGUUCCAAAAGAGGGAAGACUGGUGAUGUUUCCCGGUUGGAUGCUACACGGCGUGCUAGCAGUCGCAGGUGAAGUUGAUAAGAAGCCACGAGUGUCAUAUGCCUUCAAUGCUGGUGAACUUUUAAAAUCUAAAGCUGACAAAAUUGGAAGUGUGGACAGUGACCAAAGUGUUGCAGUUGAAUGUGGGCCAGUCACUGAUGGGGAUUUUAAGAUAUUUUCCGAUGCUAUGCGGCGCAGGAUAACACGUGUAUCAGGGCGGGCAAGCGCGGAAGAACAAAGUUUGAGCAGUGUCGAUGAUGACGACGACGACGAGCGUGAAGCUAAUACGCUUUGGGAUAUGGCGGUUGACAUGGCUGUUGACGCCAGCCUGAUACAUUCUCAGGCGCCUAUGCUUCAGGAUGAGUUCAAACGUUGUGAACGAGAGAAGAGAUAUUGUGAAGGAGAGAAGAGACGCGAACAAGGAGUAAAGCAUAAGUCUGUGCAGCAAAAAAAUGUUGAAGCAGCCACCGGUGCGCUUCUGCCAAAGAAGAAGCAGAAAAUGGGUAAGAAAGAGAGACAGAAACAAAAACAACAGAAACUUAUUAACAAGUGGAAACAAACUAGUGUAGAUCCUGUUAAGGUGGGAAAAUAAAGUUCACAAACACCACUUCCUUCAUGCGUCACCUUCAUUUUACAAUCUCUAACUGCCAGCUGACGUCCGCUCCAUCCGGUAUCCUCGUGCCCUAAGCUUACUCUCUUCUCGCUCUGUCGUUAGAUACGCGAUCAUCGACUGUAUGAUCUCAUCUCGUGUCUUUGACGGAGUCUUUGGGUUCACGCACCUCAGACCGUGAGCUAAACAGACAGUGAUGAGCUCAUUAGCCGUGAAUGGAGCGAGAUCCUCAACAGUCAUAUCUUCCAAAUCCUUCGGCUCGCGAGUGUUCGGGUUCACCGGAAACUUGGAAGCGACGAUGUUGGGCAGGUCUUUGCGCGCUUUAGACACCAAGGCAGGACGAGAAAGUUCCGGUGCAACGGCAGCUUGACGCAGUCGCUCACGUUGAUAUUCUCUGGCAUCUGCUGCACGUUUUUGCUGUGCAAUUUUACCUGCCAUCGUCGCACCCGCCACGGGAUCAUGGGCUUCCACAGCCCAUACGUUGAUGUAUCCAUCAGCACCGCCAGACACUAGCCUCCCCCCAGCAGCGGCAGCGGCUUGGAAAGCCACGGCAGCGGUCCCCACUGCUCUAGGCGACUUGGCAACAUCCGGGAGCAAAGAUAAUGACGCGAUGCCACCGGAGUGUGCAUUCGGGAACUCUGCAAGCAAAG